UCAGAUUGGAAUGAGGGAGUGAAUGUUCCGGGUCAGAAACUGGACUGAGAGGAAAUUAACACUAGGACAAGAAAAACACGAAUCACUAUCUAACUCAACAGAGAUGUAACAGUCUACGAAAGAAGAUUUAAGACAUUUAUUCAACAGUGCAGAUGCGAUGUAGAAAGAUGGACAGACAGGCGAGAUCUACUUAUUAAAGUACUUAAAGUGAGGUGGACUACGACGUUUUAUUCCAUGUUUCUUUGCACUAUAUCCAGCUAAGCCUCGGUAGUAGGUUUCGUUGUGAGCUUGCAUUUAACAUUGGCGUGGGCAGUCUCAACGUGUACCUGUAGCCGGCAAGCGAGCGCGAAAACGGCGAACUUGGGUCUCCUGGUUUGUACUUGCUCCAUCCAGAUUUGCGUUCCUCAGAGGUGGACUAUUUUACUGUACGGAUUUAGCCAGAGCUAGGAUCAGCCCGUGAUGUUUCACUGUAUACCCCUGUGGCGGUGUAACCGUCACAUUGAAUUGAUCGAUAAGCGCCACUGCUCCCUGUUGUACGUCCCCGAUGAGAUCUACCGCUACAGUCGGAGUUUGGAGGAGCUUUUGCUGGACGCCAACCAACUCCGAGACUUGCCUAAGCCAUUCUUCCAGCUGGUGAAACUACGAAAGCUUGGGUUGAGUGACAAUGAAAUCCAAAGGCUUCCACCAGAAAUAGCCAACUUCAUGCAGCUCGUAGAACUUGAUGUCUCUCGAAAUGACAUCAUGGAAAUCCCUGAAAGCAUUUCAUACUGUAAAGCUCUCCAAGUAGCUGACUUCAGUGGAAACCCACUAACAAGAUUGCCAGAAAGUUUUCCAGAGCUACGGAAUUUAACUUGCCUCUCCAUCAAUGAUAUUUCUUUGCAGACCUUGCCAGAAAACAUAGGAAACCUUUGUAACUUGAUAUCACUGGAACUCCGAGAGAAUCUGUUGACAUAUUUACCAGAGUCUAUGUCGCAACUUGGUAAACUUGAAGAACUGGAUCUAGGGAACAAUGAACUUUAUAACUUGCCCGAGACAAUAGGCUGUCUUGUCAGCCUGAAAGACCUCUGGCUGGACGGGAACCAGUUGGCUGAAAUUCCAGCGGAGAUGGGCAGCAUGCGGAGCCUGCUGUGUCUGGACGUCUCGGAGAACAAGUUAGAGCGCCUCCCGGAGGAGCUGAGCUGCCUGCACUCCCUCACUGACCUGCUGGUGUCCCAGAACCUCAUCGAUGUGCUGCCAGAAGGCAUAGGCAAACUUCGAAAGCUCUCCAUACUGAAAGCAGACCAGAACCGACUGGUGCAGCUCCCAGAGAGCAUCGGCAACUGUGAAAACCUCACGGAACUCGUGCUCACGGAGAACCAGAUACUGAGUUUGCCCAGAAGUAUUGGAAAGCUGAGGAAGCUGUCAAACUUCAACUGUGAUCGGAAUCGCCUGACUUCGUUGCCCAAUGAGAUUGGCGGCUGCAGCAGCUUGAAUGUCCUGUGUGUGCGUGAGAAUCAAUUGAAACACAUUCCCUCCGAGCUGUCGCAGGCUACUGAGCUGCACGUAUUUGAUGUGUCUGGAAACAGGCUGUCCUACCUACCCCUGUCCCUGACCACGCUGCGCCUCAAAGCGCUGUGGCUGUCUGAGAACCAGUCCCAGCCGCUGCUGACCUUCCAGACGGACGUGGACCCCGAGUCCGGGGAGAAGGUGCUCACCUGCGUGCUUCUGCCGCAGCAACCUUGCGAGCCUGACAACAAAGGCCUGGAUAACCUGGCCCGGUGUGGUGGCCUUGAGAGCCUGGUGAACGACGUGGCCGACACCACUUGGGACGAUCGAGCACAGAACAGGAUCAGCGCCAUCCGCUUCCUGGAGGACGACGAGGACGAGGACGAUGAAAAGGGAACGCUGAUGCGGCGAGCAACGCCUCACCCUGGCGAGCUGCGGAGCAUGAAGAAGGCCGCCGAGAACCUCCGCAACGACCUGAACGCCGCCAAAGGCCUGGACUCCAACAAAAACGAGGUCAAUAACGCUGCAGACCGCGUGACCACGUCUGUGUGACCUCGCUCUCCUCCUCCUCCUCUUCCUCACUCGCUCGCCUCUUGCUCUCAUGUGCUCUCCACUCUCCUUACCUCAGAGAUGUCUUUUUACCUCUUGUGUCUCUUGCCACUACUCCUCCACAACACGCCACAACUUGCCCCGCACCCCACCGUGGGAACCUGAGACCCCCCUCCUGCCCUCCCGCCCCCCACCCCAAAGAAAAAAACAUCCUCCCCAACCCCUGCUCGUCCUGCCGGACUCAUCAUGCCCCCUCCAGCCCUCCCCCCUGCGGAUCAGAACGGGGACUUCCAUGGCUGUCUCAGCCCCCUCAUCACUUCGUCCCAUUUGGAUGUAGGGCAUGACCACCAUGCUUCCACGGUCUUAUGUGCCUUCUCAAAAUGUCCACGGCAAUAAUCUGCACAGGUGUGCUUAUUUUUAACGUGUGUGUGCGUGUGUGUAUAUUUUAAAAAUCCAGUGCUUUUAAUUUUUUGUAGAGAUGGUAAAUAGGUAGUUGCACUAUUGAAAGUCUUACAAUGCGAUAAACGUCAAAAAUCUUAAAUAUCUAUCUAUCUAUCUAUAUAUAUAUAUAUAUAUAUAUAUAUAUAUAUAUAUUUGUUCUAUUUUUUAAGACACUGGGUGGACACUUGAUUUUUUUUACUGAUUUGGGGAUGCAUAAAACCCAGGCUUUUUUUGGACCUACUGAUUUGAAAAUUCUUGUAUAGUUAUUUGUGAAUAUUACUUUUAUACUUUUGGCAGCUGUGAUGGUGUAAAUUUUAAAAAAGUGUACAGCAGGUUUUUUUUGAUCAAAGGCAGAAUUUAACUGUGUACACAAAAGUGGGCACAAUAUAAUUACAAAAUCAAAAAAAAAAUAAAUAAAAAACAGCUUUAUUUUUUAACAUCUUUGAAAAGUAUUGAUGGCCUCAACACUUCUCUUCUGGUUCAUUAGUCUUGGUUUCUCUGCGGACGUCUGCUUGGAUGUAAAUACAGCGCGUGUUCUUAAGGGCUAACAGAGCACACUGAAAUUUCCACUAUCACUCACUGUCUCUUAAACGGAGGCAAGUGUGAAGGCUGUCUGACUCACUCUCUCUUCGCGCCUCUCUAUUUUCCUUUAGUUUUUAUAAUCAUAAAUUACAGCGGCCACUAAAUUUUUUGCUUAUGUACUUUAUCUCAUGUAGAACCGGUACACUAAAGAUGGUUUUGUAAUAAAAUAAUGUACAUUUUAUACUUUGUAUAGUUAUGAUCUCAGAAAAUGCUGUUGUCAUUAAUAUAAAAUGCACUUUUGCAAGGGUUUCUUACACUUUAUCAAAACGGCUUAUUCUUAUGGUACACUACAGACUCAAGUUUUACUUUGUAUUUUUAACAGUAUGCAGGAGUGAUUUUAUGGACAUUUUUUUCUUUUUUUUUUUUAAUGAUUUUACUUUUUUUAAUGAUCAAGCUGCACAAAGCCAAUCUCAAAUAAGCACAAUCUUUGUGCUUAAAAACUUGGACUUUUAACCACUGAUACAAUAAAAUGGAUUUGUAAAACCACAAA